AUGGGUUUACCCUCAGAGUUUAUCCCACAACCAAGCCAGUUUGGAAAAGUAGAAGAAAGUAUCCUAAGUAAAAGUCAAAAAGAAAAUCCUUCUGAUGGACAUGAAUCCAAUUGGAGUCAUUUUGAAAUGGAUAGUCAGUUUAUUGGAUUAGCUGAUAAGGUGAUGAAAAUCUCUUCUAAUCAGAUGGAUAUCUUUAAUGAAUCAAAAAAGGCUUUUUCAUCCAUCUCUAACUCAUUAAAGCCUUUUUAUGGUCUCACCCUUAAUGAUCUCAUCGAGACUCUUGACUUUAAAUACAACCUAUAUGCCAAAAAUGGCAAAAUUUAUGUCUCAAGAACCAUCAGCAGCAAAGUCUCCCGCGACACCCUGUACGAGACAGUGCAGGAAGUCCUGCACGGGAACCAGCGCAAGCGCCGGAAGUUUUUGGAGGCAGUGGAGCUGCAGAUCAGCCUGAAGAACUCUGACCCUCAGAAGGACAAAUGCUUCUUGGGCACCGUCAGGCUUUAGUCCACUCCCUGCCCCAAGUUCUCUGUAUGUGUUUUGGGGGAUCAGCAGCACUGUGCUGAGGCCAAGGCAGUGGAUAUUCCCCACAUGGACAUUGAGGUGCUGAAGAAACUCAACAAGAAUAAGAAAUUAGUCAAGAAGCUGGCCAAGAAGUAUUAUGCAUUUUUGGCUUCAAAAUCUCUGAUCAAACAGAUCCCACGAAUCCUGGGCCCAGGCCUGAAUAAGGCUGGCAAGUUCCCUUCCUUGCUGAUCCACAAUGAAAACAUUGUGGCCAAAGUAGAUGAAGUGAGGUCCACCAUCAAAUUCCAGAUGAAGAAGAUGCUGUGUCUGGCAGUGGCUGUUGGCCACAUGAGGAUGACAGAUGACGAGCUUGUGUACAACAUCCACUUAGUGGUCAAUUUCCUGGUGUCCUUGCUCAAGAAGAAUUGGCAGAACGUCCGGGCUUUAUACAUCAAGAACACCAUGGGCAAGCCCCAGCUCCUGUACUAA